CAGUAUCUCUCUUUCUCUUGUUUUUUCUCCCUUUUAGGGGUGAAGAUGAUAUCGUGGAGCUCUUACGGAGACCCAGAGACCCUCUGUUCCUCCUCCUGUUCUACGAGGCAGUGGCAGUGGCGGCGGGGGUGGAGAAGAGAGUGCUCCGCUUCCACUUCCGCAGCCUCCGCCUCUCUACAGUACUAGUGAUCAGAAUCUAUUAAUACACGAAGACGAAAUGGCGUCUUGGCUUCACCACCAUCCUCCUCCUCUUCUCGGUGAAGAAGAUGAGUUCCGCCCCCAUCUUUUCUACUCCGGCGGCCUCGUCUCAACCCCGUUUACUCAGCCGCAGGGCUCCCUCCCUCUCACACCACCACUACCGUUACAACCACCACCACCACCAGCUAGUGUUAUUUACACUCCCACGGCUGCACAGAGACCGAUAUGUCAGUUCACCACCUGGAGAAGGGCGGAGAACUUCACCAACUUCUCGAGGCUAAGAGUCGAAGGUGCAGCUGGACCGUGGGUCACCGGCGGAGGAGUGGCGCAGACUUUUGCGGUUCCCAGAGCGGUUAGCGGGAUCGCCGGACCAGUGGUCUCAGAGACGGGAACAGAGCCGGUUCAGAUACAACCAGCGGCGGCGGCGGAGGAUGAGAGGAAGCGAAAGGAGAGAGAAGAAACUGCUGCUGGCGAUACCGAGGAAGCAGCUGGUGGUUCAACGUCUAGGAAGAGGUCACGAGCUGCAGAAAUGCAUAAUCUCUCCGAAAGGAGACGGAGAGUAAAGAUCAACGAGAGGAUGAAGACUCUCCAAGAACUCAUUCCUCGCUGCAACAAGACUGAUAAAUCCUCGAUGCUGGACGACGCUAUCGAGUACGUUAAGUCGCUACAGAUGCAAAUACAGAUGAUGUCUGCAGGAGGCGGUAUGAUGCCACCGAUGAUGUAUACUCCACCAAAUAUGCAACAAUUCAUGCCCCCCUCGGCAAUGGGCAUGAACAGGCCUCCUUUUAUACCUUUCCCUGGCACAGCUUUUCCUAGGCCGCCGGCUCAUUUGGCAGGUCUCUGUCCACCGUAUCCAGCACCGCGAUAUCCUUUUCCAUCCAGAGUCCAACAGCCUGACCCGGUCCAGAACCAGCCUCAGUUUCCGGGUUACUUUAAUCCUUAUAGCCAGUUUGUAGGUCUCCAACAAAUGCAACAAUCUCCUCCUCCUCCGUUGCAGAAUCAAACAACAUCACAGCAGAGUAUCAGCCAGGCAAGCAGUAGUAAGGCACCUGAAGACCAGGACAAUAAACCAACAGGUUAAAAAGGAUUACUUCUCCAAGCAUAUCCACAGAGUUGAAGAUGUAAACUGAGAGAAAAAACAUGUAAAUUAUCGUAGAAGAGAUGUAUGCGUUUUUCUUUAUAUUAGGCCAAUAAAUAUUUCUCUGCUGCAACUAAAACUCUUUGUAAAGAGAACAAUAAUAAAGAGUACUACUAGAA